GCGGGUCAUUCAUCGAGCCACUGAAGGGUGUCCAUCCGUCCUCUUACAGUACGUAACCAUGACAACAGCCCCGGAUGGUGGAGCGCGAGGGUAGACAGGUGUUGGGUUGCGCAGAGGAGAGACACCUACGCGAUCGCUCCAUACUUUCCCAUGUAUCCUGCCUUCAUCUUCUGCACGCGAGGAUCUCUGUCGGGAACCACCAUGGUGCAUCACUCUGGAUCCAUACAGUCCUUCAAGCAGCAGAAGGGUAUGCACAACAGUAUCAGUGAAAUUUUGAAGGAGAAAACGCUAAAAUCGUCUCGCCGCAGUUUGCCAUGUCUGGCUCAGAGUCAGACACAUCCUCAGAACCUCAAUCACUUCCUCUCUGUGCCUCUGAGUCCUAAACCCAAAACAUACCCUCACAGCGUCAGUGCCUCCUGCACACAAAUCACACCUCCUUCCACAGACACUAGUCAGGAUGUCUACAUGGAAGAGAAGGAGGUGGGGGAGUCUGAGACUAAAACAGAUGAAACGUUCCUCGUCCAGCAGAAGCCUGUGUCCAGAGCAAAGCUAGAGGCCCGCACAGACUCCAUAAAGGGGAACAAUCUAGAAAACCCCUCAGGAUUGAUGUUUAGAGAUGGGAAGAAGCGCAUUGACUAUAUAUUAGUCUAUAAGAAAUCCAGCCCUCAGGUGGAGAAGAGGUGCACAUUUGAGAGGAACCUGCGGGCUGAAGGGCUAAUGCUGGAGAAGGAGCCCUCAUUAACAAACGGUGAUAUCAUGUUUGUGAAGAUUCAUGCGCCGUGGGACACACUGUGUAAAUAUGCGGAGCAGAUGAACAUUAGAAUGCCCUUCAGGAAAAAGUGUUACUUCACAGACUGGAAGAAAAAAACUAUGGGCAGUCGAUUUCAUUUGAGAUUUCGUCAGUUGAAGAGCUGGCUGCCCAGAAACCCCAUGAAACUGGAUAAAGAGGCGUUACCAGACCUGGAGGAAACUGACUGCUACACCGCCCCCUUCAGCAGGACCAGAAUGCACCAUUUUACCAUCAACAACAGACAGACAUUUUUCUCCAACUCAACCAGAAGCAGGAUAGUACAUCAUGUACUACAGCGCACAAAGUACGAGGACGGGAAGUCUAAGAUGGGUAUUAAUCGGUUACUUGGCAACAGUACAUAUGAGGCAGCGUUUCCUCCGCAUGAGGGAAGUUAUAAAAGCAGACAUCCGAUUAAAACCCAUGGGGCUCAAAACCACAGACACCUUCUGUACGAGAGAUGGGCGCGCUGGGGGAUCUGGUACAAAUACCAGCCUCUAGACCUCAUACGGCGGUACUUUGGGGAGAAGAUUGGGCUGUAUUUUGCUUGGUUGGGCUGGUAUACAGGUAUGCUGAUCCCUGCUGCUCUAGUCGGCCUCUUCGUCUUCCUCUAUGGGCUUUUCACCAUGGACUCCAGCCAAGUAAGUAAAGAGAUAUGUGAGGCCAACACAACCAUCAUGUGUCCCAUGUGUGAAGGCAACUGCAGCUCUUGGGCGCUGAGUGACAGCUGUGUCUAUGCAAAGGUGACCCAUCUUUUUGAUAAUGGAGGCACAGUCUUCUUUGCAAUCUUCAUGGCAAUAUGGGCCACAGUAUUCCUUGAGUUCUGGAAGAGGAGAAGGGCGGAGCUAACCUACGACUGGGAUUUGAUUGACUGGGAGGAAGAAGAGGAGGAACUCCGGCCCCAGUUUGAAGCCAAAUACUCCCGGAAGGAGAGAGUAAACCCCAUCUCAGGGAAACCAGAGCCCUUCCAGCCCUUCACAGACAAACUCAGCCGACUCAUGGUGUCUGUUUCGGGAAUCUUCUUCAUGAUCUCUCUGGUCCUGACAGCCGUGUUUGCCGUGGUGGUGUUCCGGCUCAUUGCCAUGGAGAAGUUUGCUUCCUUCCAGUGGGAGUUUGUGAAGAAGAACUGGCAAUUCGCCACUUCAGGCACUGGAGUCUGCAUCAACUUCAUGAUCAUCAUGUCUCUGAAUGUGGUCUAUGAGAAAGUGGCCUACCUACUUACAAACCUGGAACAUCCACGGACAGAGUCAGAAUGGGAAAACAGCUUUGCCCUCAAGAUGUUCCUCUUCCAGUUCGUCAAUCUCAACAGCUCGACCUUCUACAUCGCUUUCUUUUUAGGAAGGUUUGCUGGCAGGCCGGGUGACUAUAAUAAGCUGUUUAACCGGUGGAGGAUGGAGGAGUGUCAUCCCAGUGGUUGUCUGAUUGACUUGUGCCUACAGAUGGGAGUGAUUAUGGUGUUGAAACAGAUCUGGAAUAACUUCAUGGAGCUGGGCUACCCACUGCUGCAGAACUGGUGGUCCCGGCGUAAGAUGAAACGAGCAGGAGAGCAGAAUAAGAGUAAAGAAGAGCUGCCGCAGUGGGAUAGAGACUGGAACCUGCAGCCCAUGAACGCACACGGCCUGGUGGACGAGUAUCUGGAGAUGGUUCUACAGUUUGGUUUCACAACAAUCUUUGUGGCGGCAUUUCCUCUGGCUCCUCUGCUUGCUCUGCUCAACAACAUCAUCGAGAUCCGAUUAGACGCCUACAAGUUUGUCACGCAGUGGAGGAGACCGAUGCCCGCUCGCGCUACUGACAUCGGUAUAUGGCAUGGUACUGAGGGAAUUGGAGUCGUGGCUGUCAUAACAAAUGCCUUUGUCAUUGCCAUCACUUCGGAUUACAUCCCUCGCUUCGUCUAUGCUUUCAAAUAUGGGCCCUGUGUGGACAAGGGUUACAGGCAUGAGAAAUGUCUAAGGGGAUACUUGAACAACAGCCUGUCUGUUUUUGAUAUGGGUGAAUUGAAAAAUGGGAGUUAUCAUCCUCGAUACUGCAGGUAUCGGGAUUACAGAGCGCCUCCAUGGAGUCCUGAACCCUACGAUUUCACCCUGCAGUUCUGGCAUGUUUUGGCUGCCAGAUUAGCCUUCAUCAUAGUAUUUGAGCACCUGGUGUUUGGCAUUAAGACCUUCAUAGCCCAUAUGAUUCCAGACAUGCCCAAAGACCUGUGUGAUCGCAUGCGCAGAGAGAAAUACCUGAUGCAGGAGAUGAUAUAUGAGGCGGAACUGGAGCACCUGCAGAAAGAGCGGAAAAAGAAUGGCAAACGUUAUCACCAUGAGUGGCCUUAGCCAUGCCUGUCCAUAAAUACACAAAAAAUGCCCACUGGAGAAACACAUACAUUACCCACAAAAGCACAUAAAGACUUGAGAGUGGCGAACAAGCGUUCUUGCAACAUGCACACCUGCAGCACAUAUGUGAACACGGACAUUCAUGUACAACCGUUCUGCUACCUUGGACAGCUAGCUUUAUUGACUCCAUGCAUGGGCUGCCCACUUUUCUUUGCUGUGACAAACCAGGGAGCUGAUUCAGUGUUUGAGGUCAAAACCUGAUCUCCGGGUGGCUCUUUAGAGCCAGGAGUUGGCAGCUGUACUCUGCACCAAAGAGGUUCUUCUCAGUCACAUGAUCCCUACCGGAGACCUCCGAUUAUCCUAUAUUUUCAUCCUGCUGAGUAGUUCUAAAACUUUUGGCUCAUUAGUUUAAAGUAGCUAUGAAAGCAGUCUGGCAAAAUUAUGGAUUGGGAUUAAGAAGUUUGAGAACCACUGCACUAAAGAAAGUCAUGAUUGGGUGUUUUGUCGAUAGAAAUGUGUCUUAAGGAUAUGGAAUGAAUGGGAUUAGUAUGAAAUCAAGCAGAAAUUAAAUAAAUUGGAUUUCCGAAAGCACAACUGGAUCCACCUGCCUUCUUAAUAGUCAACAAACAUCUGUGCCAGAGUACGCUGCAGCACAUGAUGGAGUUUCACUUCCGCAAACCACCGCUUUGUCCAUGUGAAGCAUCAUCAACAUUAAGAUCAAUGGAUUACAGUGUUUUCUGACACACCGUAAACUCCAGUGUGUAGGUGGGAAAUAUCAUUCACUGAACACACAUCCUUCCCAGCAUGGCCUGCAGAGGCGCUGCUCUUUCAUCUGUGUUCUGUCGUAGUUCUGAAUGGAGCACUUGUGCGGUUGGACUGUUUACUAUGCAGACGAAGGGCUUUUGGAGUUCCUGUUUUCUGCUUGCCUACUUGUCUGCGUCUCUGUGCGUGGCAGCUAUCAUCCCGCUGUGAAGCAGUUUCUACCUGGUGACCAGGCAACGUGAUGACGUUUACUUACGAACAUAUUUACCGAUACGCCCUCUCUCUUCGCUUGCCAGCAUCUCACAUUGUGAUUCUUGUUACAAAAGUGGUUUCUGGUAAAGGUUACCAAAUAAAAAUCAGUUUGUUUAUGCAAAUGAACAGUUUUUAUGUACUGCAUCGCCUUGAAAAGAUAUGCAGAUCUGUCUUUCAGUACAAUAAGUCAUUUUGUCAAGGCAAAAUAAAUAAAACAAAUAGCCAAUAUUGGCAAAAUGGUGAUAUAAGUAACAUGCAUGUUUUUUUUGUUUUUUUUGUGUGUGUUUUUUUUUUUUAAUUGCAUGUUGUUUCUUUGUUUUUCAUUGUUUUAUAAGACUAUGUCCUUUGUUCAUAUGCCUGGUUUUGUAGCGUGUGUGAGCUGAAUUGAUGUGUGAGUGUAGCUGCGUUUGUUGCUCAGCUGUCAUGAGUUUUGUGUUCUUACAUUCCCAUCGGUCUAUGUGCAAGACAGUGGCUAUCUUUGGCGCAACAUACUAGCAUCUCUGCAUUAUAUAGUGUGUAUGCUGUGAAUUUUCUGUAUGUGUAAAACACCCGAAUGAAUUACUACAUUUGCAAAAAUAUUAAGCAUACAACCUGAGUGAGCUGUGUGGAAUGCAGUAUGCUUUUGACUUAAAGGUGGGGUAAGUGAUUUCUGGAAGCCAAUGUUGACAUUUGAAUUCACCAAAACAAACACGCCCCAACCCCAAAAGGGUCUCGCCCCUUUUUUGAUAGCUCCACCCCGCAUGGAAACGAUUAGUUCUGUGAAACAAAGCAAAGCCCGAUCCGAUAUUUACACGGGUCCUACUUCUUGCCUUAUCGUAACACCGUGUCUACACCAGUCGGGAGCGGCACGACAAAAUACUAUAGAACUCAUUAUAAUCAGUGAUGCUGUUUACACUGGAUGCCGCACCGCGACACGACAAAUCCCCGACAUAAAACUGCUGCUGCGUUCUAUUUAUGACGUAUUGACACAAAUUUCAAAUGAUUUUCAACGGUCACUUUGUCGUGUCCAGUGUAGACAUGGUGUAAGCCUUAUUUUGUUCCGCAGACGUUUUCCUCUUCUUUUUUUUUAUCCGCCAUCUCUAUCUUUCUGUCGUCGGUCUGCUCGGCUAAUGUCUGUCAUGUGCACUGAACGCUCUCUCCUCUGCAUCAUGAGUAGACACGCCCCUUACUGCUGAUUGGCUACAAGUGUGUUUUGGUACUGGGCCCGACUCAGUUUUCUAAAGUGUUUUUGAAAAAAUGCAUACCCCACCUUUAACCUACAGUACAACCGAGUGAUGCAGUGAUUAAAUACUUUUGUUCAGAAUAAUAGAACUGGAAGUGCUAAAAUAGUCCUUUCCAGGCUUUGGCCUAAAAAAAAAACGUCAUCCCUGUAGCACUCUAUUUCCAGUGUGAUUAAUGUACUAGAAAUAUUAAAAAUCUUUCUUGAUUCAUUAUUUGAUUGGAACACCAAAAAUUGAUUAUGAAAAUGUGGAUUUACCAUUUUUAUUUUCAUUUACUUCCGAAUCAAUAAAGUAUGUAGCAACAACGUAGCAUACUACUGUUUGAAGCAUUUAUUGUUGGAUAAUGGAUGCUGUUUGACAUACUAAAAAUCGUAUGCAGUAUACAUAAACUGCAGUAUGAAGUAAGCAGUAAGCUAGUGUUCCACUCCAAACAUAGUCAGCUACUGUAAAAUAUCAAACAUCACAGUAUAUUAAUCUAUCCACCAUUAUCCAUACAGUUCGAGCUUAAACAGAUGUGAUGAUAGAAUUACCAUUGGGACAGUGGACAUGAAAGACAAAUUCUGUUAUUUUACAUUUCGCUUUUUUUUCUUUUUUAUAAAUGUAAAAUGUUGUAUUUUCUGUAGAUUUCUUUUUUGGGCGUGUAUGUGUGCAUGUUUAAAUAUGUGCGUUCAUAACUGUGUGUUUGCAUGUCUGUGAGAGAGAGAGAGAGAGUUUUGUAAAGCUGAUGAAGUGAGUACUCCCAGCAUGCAUCUCAUUCUUACACAAAAGGCAAUGACUAUGUUCGAAAUAGCAUACUACCCAACUACUAAUACAUUUUUUUUUUCAGUAUGUAUUAUGCAUAGCGUGCAAAGAAUGUGAAUUUUGUGUGCAUAGAAUAUUAAGGCUUACCACAUGUGCUAUACAAGCAGUGCUUGAGAUACUGUCCCACAAUGCAAUGUGUUCAACUUGACCUUACAUUUCAGUGUGACAUAUGCACUGAAAGUAAUAUCAUCCAUGAUUUUCUCAACUCAUUCUCUGAUCAGACUGAGAAAAAGUGCAAUAUAAGCGUGUUUAUUUCAGAGAGAUAGCUAGAUACCACUUUUAACAUGCUUAAAAAAAUAGUACGCACAUUACUGUGCGGUAUGCAAGAAGUAUUCAAGAAAUACAUUAGUAUUCCAUUUUGAACACAGUCAAUGCAUCUGUCCUCCUCAGGCCCUUUGAGUGUUUGCAGAUGAGAUAUUUGUAUCAUAUUUUCUUAGCUUGAAUCAAGUAUUGCUUUUUUAAGUAUAUAUUUUUGCACUUUCCAUUUGCAUGGGUAAGACCCCAUAUGGGUACAGAUAUAAACUCAAAAAACUCAGAAAAGAAGCUUAGAUUGUUUUCUCGCUUCAUAGAUGCUACAUUGAAUAAAAGUUGAAUUUAAGUGUAAUUUAAUGAAAGCACUUUAGGAGUGUAUUUUUUCCCCCCCGUUACCUCUAUUUAGGAUUCACGUUCGAAAUAAAAAUGUUAAAAAUAUUACUGUGUAGUUUAUUAGAACAGUGGUUCUCAACUGGCCAGUUGCCACUCAAAAUUGGUCUCCGGUCUGUUCUGGUAAGUUUAUUGACAGCAUGGAAAAACGUGAUAACUGCAAAUAAUAAAAUGCACCAGGUUUGGUACUGUGUUGGGUCACCAUUUGGGUCCUGAAUAAAAACCAGUCGAGAAUCACUGUAUUAGAAACUAAAGUGUGCUUUGAUGAUUUAUGUAUUAUGGAUGUUAAACAGGACCAGAAGAAUGGAAAUGUGAGGCUUAUCUGAAACGGGAAGUAGUCUCUACUAUGACACACCAUUCUCUUGGUGUAUUGUAAUCUAUGCAUGACCUCAUUGAGGAGCCCAGCCCAUCUAGGGCUCUUGACAAACCUUUGUGUAUUUGUGCACUUUUUACUGUGAAGUGUGCAUGGCCUAUAUCUGCUUAAACCGGAGAAGACUGACCUGAGAUCAGUACAUGUUGUAGUGGUUCUUUGUCAUGAAUGAUCAGUUAUUAAUGGCCUUGUGGUGAUCUCAUUGACAUUAAUUUACAGGCUACUGGACAACAAAUGUUAUUCAGGUUUUAUCAAAUACACUUGGUUGUGGAUAAAAUGUCUUCAAUGAAAAUGCCUGUCAUAAUGAAACAAUAAAGAUGUUUAUAAUGAGCAACAGCAUGUAUUAUACCAUUAUAGUCAGUGCUUAACAUAUCUUACACAGACUCGCUGCAUUUUAUUCGAAUAAUGACUCGAUUCCUGCAACACCAGUUAUUAGUCAAAACGAUGUAAUUGCUAGUAUUAUUAAAGUUGGAUGGUUAAAGUUGGAGUUUUUGAAUGCUAUUUUGCUGUCACUGCUUAGGUUUGAUUUUAAAAUUCCAUUUCAGAGUUCUGUGUUUUUGCAGUUUACAUAAUGCAUAUGCAUGAUAUGCAAAUAACAAUGAUACUAGUGGGUGUGUGUGGAGCCAAUGGGCCUCAUUAUGAAUUUUUGUACAAAUAGUUUGUAAAGCUGUUCUGACCUACAUGUUCAGAUUCAUUAAAGU